AUGCAACCAUUCUGCUCAUCCGACAAGGCUACAUCGUCCGGCCCGGGCCAAAAUCUCUAUAGUUGCCACGUCACCCAUCAACACACACGCACUCUCUCUCUGGUAUUUAAACCCAUUACCAAGCUCCCUUUUCGUUUUUCACCCUCCAAAGAAGACAUGGAUUUGUACGCUCCUCUCUUCGAGAAAACACGAAUACCCCAACCCUCGCUCCAGAAACUAGCUGUUAUCUCUAUCUUCGACAAGUUCCGAUCUACCGCGCCGUCCGAUGCCGGCCGAGAAGCCGUCGGCCGCUGCCUCCGCUCCGCCUCCCCCUCCGUCGUUGAUCAGUCCGCGCGCGAGCUCUGCCGCCUCGUCAAGGACGCGAAAUUGGAUGUCUCGACUGGCUUGUUGGAGUUGCAGUCCGCACUCGAAGAGUCUUCCAGUCCUGAAUUAUCCAGCGUAUUCGUCAGAGCCAUUGGAUUGCUUACCAGGCUUGGUUUUCAGCAAAAUCCGAGUUCAUUCCGGUUUCAUUCGUCCGAGCUUCAUCCUUUUGUCAAGGUCCUUUGUUAUGGGACUGAAAUUCAAGGUGGACUUGUGAAACAAGUAAUUAUGUUGAUCAUGAAGUGUAAACACCUGGGAAUGGAGGCUGUCUGUGAUUUUUUGGGUCCCUUCUUAAAUUAUUCCAUUACAAAAGUUCCUGUUGCAAGUUCCAGUUCAGCAUUUGUGAGGGAGUUGGUAUCCACAAUGGCGGCAUUCUGCUGCUCUUUUCCCCAAGAAGCCAUUCCCAUAAUGAAGAUGCUGACUCGAUGUCUUAGUUUUUUCCCAUGUAAGAAUGCUGAAGAGGUUACAACUGUUUCAUGUAUCAUUGAAUCCUUGGUGGAUGCAUAUCAGGUAGUUUCGAAGCAGUUGGUUGGAAUGGGGCUGCUUGUUGAUGAAGUUCAGUCAUGUGGAUUGGCAUUGCUAGAGGCAGUUUUCUUGCAAAAUAGGAAUUUCCGAUCUCGCUUGGGUGGGGUUGACAUAUUAUUAGAUGCUGCAAGGAACAUAUUGGCUGUUCAGAAAGAGCUUGGCCUUGAUUGUUGCACUGAACUUUCCUUGGUGACAUUAUUUUUGUUCCAAGUUCUCACUCAGUCAGAUAUUGAGCACGAACAAUAUUCCAUACUUAAACUACUUUUGUUUAUCCUAAGAUGGAAAUAUGAAAAUGAUUAUUUCAUCGGUGCUUCUGCUAGUGAAUCAAUUGAGGAGCUUUUAUUUAUCUUUCCUGUGCUUGCACUUGUUUCCUCUCCAUCUAGAUCCAUCAAACAAAUGGCUACUGAUUUACUUUUUAUUUUGGAAAAGAUUGCUACUAAUAUACUGAUUGCACCCAAGGAAAAACAACAGGUCAGGGGAAAGCACUUGCUGGCUGUUACUCCUGGUCACAUUGUUUUCAGGUUUCUGAGGAAUAUGUUGUUUGAGGAUCAAUUGUCAUCCCACUGUCUAUUUUAUGUGAAUCAUUUUUCUGAUGGUGACAUCGAUUCCGACAGAGAGCAUUCUGAACUGGAGAUAUGGACUUCCUGUGUGACGGAGUAUUGUAUGCGACUCUUUGGAAAGGGCAAAGCCACUCCAUCCACCUCUCCAUCUAAAGAAAUCUUUCCAACAGAAAUACCUCUGAUACUUGGUGCAGUUUCUGGUGUCUUUCUCUUGCAUCACACGAGGAACUUCUCCAUUGAUCUGUUGGCUACUUGCAGUAGUAUUGAGCCCAUGCUUGGUGUUCCUUUGUUGCUGUUAACUUUAUUCUACAAUCAUGUAUGCUCAAGUGCAGAAAAAUUAAAAUAUAACGACUACCAUGAUCUGCGGCUUAAGCUCUUGGGUUUGCUUCCAUCAGUUGCUUCACAUCCUGCAAUGAUACCACUGGUGUUCCAGAUUCUUCUGCCUAUGCUCCAGAAGGAUGUGGACCAUGUCAUAAAAGCGGUUGCUAUACGCUUGGUUAGUAAGACCUGGGAGAUCAAUGGCCGGGUUUUUGAUAGUUUGCAGGCAAUCUUGCAACCAAAUGGACUAGCACAGUACGAAGCUGAAAGUGACACCUGUAUCAGCAUUGCAGUCUCUAUAGAAGAUGUCUGCAAAAGAAACCCUGAUAAGGGAGUGGAUAUUAUUUUGUCUGUUGCGGCUUGCAUAGAAAACAGCAAUCCUUGGGUGAAGUCUCUUGGAUUACGAAGUCUUGCUCAUCUUUGUGAAGCUGAUGCUAUUGAUUUUUAUACUGCCUGGGAAGUCAUUGCAACGCAUAUUCGGGAUUACCAUGGAAAUUCAAUUGUUGCUUAUGGGCUGUCUCUUCUUUUAAAAUGGGGCGCAAUGGAUGCUGAAGCAUAUCCAGAAGGAGCUGCAAAUGUUUUGAACAUAUUGUGGAACAUUGGAACCCACCAAGAAGCUAAACAGAGUUCUUCUUGGAACAGAGCGCGAGAAGCUGCGUUCGUAGCUUUAUUGCAAUAUGAUGUGGUGCAUAUCCAGAGAAGCAUACCGGAUUUUAGCUCCAGGAACAUGGAAUUCCUCGUUUCUCAGUCUGAUCUUGAUUCGCUCCCGGCAUUCAAAGAAUUUGAAGUCAAAAUCAUAAAUCACGAGCACAUUACAAGAAGAAGAUUCGUAAAGCAGAAAAGGGUCUCCGGAUCUGGAAACAAGAUUGUUAAGUUGUUAGAUGUAGUGCCUGGUGUUAUUUUCAAUUCAGGAAGUAAGCAAACUAUAAAAGAGUUCCCUGGUGCAGCUUUAUUUUGUUUUCCCACUCAUAGAGAUACGAAGAAACAAGGAAUGUCAAAAGAUGUUCAUGCUAAAUAUGAAGAUGCAGCUGUAGAAAUAGCAGCCUCUCUUCAGAUUUCAAGAAAUACUUUUCUCGCCCUUUUUUCUCUGCAAUCAUGGAAACCUUUCAUGCAAAGGUGGCUGAGGUCUCGCGUGAUGGUACUUGAGGCAAAUGUUCAUGGCACCGUGUUAGAUAACACGUCAAAGGCUGCUAACGAAAUCCUGAAGAUUCUAACAAGGUUAGCAGAUGCAGCAAUUCCUCGGUCUGCUGAAAAUAUCGCAUUAGCACUUGGAGCUUUUUGUGUGGUUCUACCUGCAUCUGCACACAUGGUUAAGUCGAUGGCUUCAAAGUUCUUGCUAGACUGGUUGUCUCAGUAUGCGCACGAAUACCGCCAAUGGUCGGCUGCAAUUUCUCUUGGGUUGAUAUCAAGUUGCCUGCAUUUGACUGAUCAUGAGCAGAAGUUUGAGAAUAUAAAUGCCCUUCUUGAGGUGGCCUCCUUUAGCAAGAGCACCCUUGUGAAAGGAGCUUGCGGGAUCGGAUUGGGUUUUUCAUCUCAGGAUCUUCUAAACCGAAUUGAUUACGGGGCUACAGCUCAACUGGAAAAGGAAACACAUGGGAUGCAUGAAACUGAACUAUUAAGAAAAAUCAUCAGGACUUUAGUCGAGAUGAUAUAUCAGUUAGGUGGGUCAUCAGAGAAUAUACUGAAAAAGCUAAAUGACUAUAUACCUCUAGAAACAGAUUAUUUAUCUACUGAAUUUGAAGCUAUAAUUGAGGACAAUGAUCAUCGGGAGGAGGAUGCAUGGGCUAUUGCUGGACCUAUAAUCGGUUUAGGUAAUUCUCUUGGCGCAAUGUACAGAUUUGGGGCAUACGAUGCAGUCCUUUAUUUGAAAGAUUUAGUUUUCUCGUGGAUUCCAGUUACAAGUACUUCAUCCUCAAAAUCUGUCACGAGUGACGGAUGUGUCCAGAUGUCAUCUCUAGGAGCAUGCCUUGCUCUACCAACUAUAGUGUCUUUCUGCCUUAGGGUUGAAAUGAUUGAUGAUACUGAGCUAGAGCGUCUUAUGAAUGGCCUUACAGAGCUCAUCUCUGGAUUGUCGUCCGUUAUACAAUCUGAUUCCUUCAACCAGAGUUUGUUAGUGACGGCUUGUGCUGGAACUGGAAGCCUCCUUUCUAUUGUUUUGAAUGCGGGAUUGAACUUUCUAAAAGCAGAGGAUGUUAAAGGAUUGCUGGCAUUAUUUAGAAAAACGUACUCGAGUCCUCACGUGCUGUUUGUUCAUCUAGGAGGAAUGGUUGGUGUUAUAAAUGCAAUGGGCGCUGGUGCUGGGACUCUGUUACUAUCUCAUGAGUUGGGUUCUUUACUUCCAAAUCAUGCCCCAGAGACGGAGUUAACAUCACUGGUUCAAGAGAUAUUUCUGAUUGCACAAAAUCCUGACGAUCCUCAAUCACAGCAGCAUGCGGCGUGGGCUAUUUUGUUUCUUAGGCAUUCCAUCUUCUCUAGAGACCGUUCAAAUGAGGAGAGUGCAGUACAUGGUGACUCUGGUGUCAUCAAGUCUGCCUCUCACGGAUUUGCGGAAGAUAGUUUGGUUAUGAAACUCUCUCUGUGGCUCACACAGAUGAAUUAUUCCGAGCAGGGUGGCAGUAUAAAUACUAGAACCGUCACCUUAGCUUUGCGAUGUCUGUCAUAUGCUCCAAGAUUGCCGUCGUUGGAUUGGGGAGCUAUCGUAAGACGGUGCAUGAAAUACAGUGGUCAAAUUGUUGAAACCCCUUCGCAUGACACAGCCCUCAGAAAAGGAACCACCAUAAGGGAGGAUUGCUUUCUGUUCUUGUUGUCUCAUGCAAACCAAUUCGACUCACUUCUCGGCAUCCUUGACGAGCUGUAUGAUCUGGCGAGGCUCAAGACGCUCGAGCUGAACCUGCAAUCACUUAUGCUAUUGCACCUUGCCGGCCUGUUAAAGACCUUCUCCAACUCCCGACUGGCGAAGCUUUUCGAUGACGUGGCAGAUUUCUUACAUUGGUUUGUCUCCUCUGAACGGUAUGAUCAUGGUGGACGAGCCUCAUUGCGGGUUUCUUGCUGGAAGGGUUUGACGACUUUUUUGGAUGAGGCACAAGAUUACACAAGUAAUGUGGAACAUUGCAUGAAAAGUCUAUUUAAGAUGUUGCCAUGGUGUGAGUCGGGGGCUACUGUACAUAAGAAGGGUUCGAAAUUAGAAUGGGCUGAAGCAAUUAAAUGCCUAGGGAAGGCUCGGCAAAGCUGGCUAUCUGAUCUACUGCGGAUUUCGGAUGCAAAUUUCAGAAAUGAACAUCAGAUCCCGAACACUCUGAAAAAGGUUCAAGCUAUAGUUUCACUAGUUCGGAUGGGUUCCUUACCCUUGUCAGAACUCGCAAAAUGGAAAGCAUACAUUCUAGACAUAAAUUCAGAAGUUAUAUGGGACAUUUUGGUAGAACUCUCUGUAACCUUGAAACAAAAGGAUCAAAGCGUGAGACAACAAUGGCUCGUUGACACAGCAGAAAUUCUGUGCGUGACAAGUUUCCCUUCAACGGCACUUCGGUUUUUGGGUCUCUUAUCCGGCAGCUCCUGCAAAUACAUGCCCAUGUUGUCUGCAGAUAAAUCAAGCGUGUUGAGUGACCUACCCGUCACUUUAUCCUCUCUCCUGGUGGGCACUAGCUGGGAGAUAGUUGCCGAAAGUGUAGCAUUGUAUAUUUGGAGAUCAACGGAUAGGAUUUAUGACUGGGCAAGACACGUCCAGCUUGGCGAAUACUUUCCGGGUUCACAGCCUAUCGACAGGUCGGAGAACGAAUUUGCUGUUUCCAUCCUGCAAGUGUUGUAUCGGACUUGUGUUUCAUUGAAAGAGUAUUUGCCUGUGGACAAUAAACUGGGACUUGCUAACAUGGUUGUCAAAGAAUUGUAA